AAUUUAAAAAUUUAGUUGUAUUUGGCAACAAUGUAAAAGAAAACUGUCUCGCUGUCUGAUAAAAUCUUUUGUUGUCUACUUUUCGUGACGAAUUUCGGAAUUCAUUCAAGUAAUGAAAGUGGGUUCUUUUACUACUAAUUAAUAAUGUAUUAUUCAUUAAUAAUUCGUAUUCGAGAUCCGUGGAUGUUGUUUAAUUGAAGCUGACAAUCGUAACUCAAUUUCUACCUGGAAAACAGACUGAUCAAGAUGGGUAAUUCGGACACUAAACUCAAUUUUCGAAAAGCUGUCAUUCAGUUGACCACAAAAACACAGCAACCUAUCGACGCUGGCGAUGAAAUCUUCUGGGAUCAGUUUUGGUGUGAAAAUGUUCUAAAUAUUCAAGAUGUUUUCACUUUGAUACCGGCGCCUGAAGUUCGAUCAUUACGAGAAGAAGCUCCAGCCAAUCUUGCCACCCUAUGUAACAAAGCUGUAGAAAAAAUGAUUAAGGCAGUCGAUAACAGCUGUCGUACGCAGCAAGAACAACAAACAGUAUUGAAUUGUUGUCGGCUCCUUACGAGAUUACUGCCUUAUAUUUUCGAGGAUCCGGAUUGGCAUGGAUAUUUUUGGUCGACUGUAAAAGCAAGAUCAGAGGAUGAUCCAAAUGCAGUCCCCCUGGCUCAGUUGCUACUUGGUGCUAUUUGCGAUCUUUUGUUUUGUCCCGAUUUCACGGUAGCUACGAAUAAAAAAUCUGGACCGGAUAAAGCAGAAGAUUUACAAGCUAUCGACAGCUGCGAGUAUAUUUGGGAGAAAGGUGUAGGCUUUGCUAACUCUCCGCCUCAUUAUCCCACCUACGAUACAGCUAGAACAGAACUGCUGAAGUUACUUUUGACAUGCUUCAGCGAAAUCAUGUACAAACCUCCAUCAGAUCCCUGUGAAACGCCAAAUAACUGGAUACAGUACUUAACGUCGACAGAAAAUCGUCACGCGUUACCGAUGUUUACAUCUCUAUUGAACACAGUCUGCGCUUAUGACCCAGUUGGUAUGGGUGUACCAUACAAUCAUCUGUUGUUUACAGAUACAAUGGAACCUUUGGUAGAAGUGUGUUUGCAAAUACUUAUCGUAACACUGGAUCAUGAUACUUCAACAGCUGAUGAGUGUGGAAAUCAAGAAAACUUAUUCAUUAAUUAUUUAUCGCGCAUACAUCGGGAUGAUGAUUUCCAUUUUAUUAUGCAAGGAUUCACAAGAUUACUUAAUAAUCCGCUGGUUCAGACGUAUCUACCGAAUUCUACUAAAAAAAUUCAAUUUCAUCAAGAACUUUUGGUAUUUUUCUGGAAAUUAUGCGAUUAUAAUAAGAAAUUUUUGUAUUACGUAUUGAAAAGCAGCGAUGUUCUGGACAUCUUGGUUCCCAUUUUAUUCCAUCUCAAUGAUUCUAGAGCUGAUCAAUCUCGAGUUGGUCUAAUGCAUAUAGGAGUUUUCAUUCUGUUGUUAUUGAGCGGAGAACGGAAUUUUGGUGUUAGGCUCAAUAAACCCUACACCGCUACUAUCCCAAUGGAUAUUCCAGUAUUCACAGGUACACACGCUGAUCUUCUCAUAACAGUUUUUCAUAAAAUAAUUACAACCGGACACCAAAGAUUGCAGCCAUUGUUUGAUUGCUUACUCACAAUUCUAGUCAAUGUAUCUCCUUAUCUGAAGAUGCUUUCAAUGGUAGCCAGUACCAAACUUUUGCAUUUAUUAGAAGCAUUUAGUACGCCGUGGUUUUUAUUUUCGUCGCCGACCAAUCAUCAUUUGGUAUUCUUCCUGUUGGAAAUAUUCAAUAACUUAAUUCAGUAUCAAUUCGAUGGUAAUUCGAAUCUAGUGUACACUAUUAUCAGAAAAAGACAAGUAUUCCAUUCGCUAGCGAAUUUACCUAUCGAUUGUGGUACUAUCAACAAAUGCCUUAGCAGGAGGAUGAAGAAAAACGUCGUCGAAGCUCCUCCUGAAGAAAAUAUUCCUGAAACGCCCAGCAUGGAAGGAUCAAAACCAGCUUUGCCUGCAGAACCAGGAACCUUGAAGGCUACACUGAUGGAAACUCCUGGUGUAAUGAAGAUGACGGAACGAGAAAGUGCGCAUCCUGGCACCUGUGAAAUUCCGGCUGAACUAGUCACCUCGAAUAAUAAUGAUCUUAAAAAUUUGAAAAUAACAGAAAAUUGCGUUUCAAAACCGUCGCCAAGUUUAGGACCUGUGAAAACCAAUGAUAACACCUGGGUUCCAACUACCGAAUGGGUAAAAUCUUGGAAAGAAAAAUUACCCCUACAGACUAUCAUGAGAUUAUUACAAGUAUUAGUGCCUCAAGUGGAAAAAAUUUGUAUUGAUAAAGGGUUGACCGAUGAGAGCGAAAUUCUAAAAUUUUUACAACAUGGCACUCUAGUGGGGCUGUUACCUGUUCCACAUCCUAUACUUAUUCGUAAGUAUCAAGCUAACAGUGGAACGACAGCUUGGUUUAGGACUUACAUGUGGGGAGUUAUUUAUCUCAGAAAUGUUGAUCCUCCAAUUUGGUAUGAUACUGAAGUAAAAUUAUUCGAAAUACAACGAGUUUAAUUUUAACUUGUGUUUGAGUAACGGAUAUUUCGUAAUCAUUCCAUUUUCUAAUUUAAUAAUUAAUACUCGAAAACUAAGAACUUGUUAUCAAUUUUUUAUGCUUAAAAUUUCGUUGAAAUGUCAUGUGUACUUCGGAUUGUCGAUUCAAUUCUGUGAGCACGAUUCGUUUCUUUUUGGAAGUAGAAGCGGAUGUGUUGUCCUCUUCUUAUUUAUUAACUCACAGGGUGUACAAAUAAAAAAAAAACAAUCCCCUUUUUUUCCCUCGGGUCUAAAAAAUAUUUAGAAACUAACGGAGCCAAACUGCUCGUAAAUAAUUAAUGUAUUUUUUAAAUUCUAACCUUUUUUCAAAUGAAUAAAGUAUCGAAAUCUUCCGUAGGGAAGCCUUUGACUUGAUUAAGUAGGUAUUCGUUUGUUUUUGUUCGCAUCUGCUACUUGCAGUGUGUGGUACGUAUUAUGUGAAUUGUAUUAAUUACGGAUUUUAUCAUUUUAUUUUGUUAUUUAUUUUAUUUUUUUCACCUGUGUGAUUUUUUUUGUUGAUUUAUUUUCUGAUUACGUGAUUACGGAUAAUUUAAUCAUUUUUUUCUUUUAUAUCCGGUUUUGUUUUUAAAAUUGACAUAUUAUCGCCAUUUUAAUUUUUUAUACAGUUUUAUUAUUAUUCACUGUGUAUUCAACGUUUGUCCUACAUUCCUUAAUGUAAAUUAAAAGUUUAUUUUAUGCA